AUGGCAUGGUGCAACAGCCGCAACGAUAAUCGUGCACUCGGAAGGAUUCCAACCCCAUCGCCCCCCUUAGCGAAUGGGAAAUCUUCAGUGAUCACGCCUAAGUCCUGCCCAUCAUGCGGUCAUCCGAUCCAAUUUCAGGAGCAGGUUUCCCACUGUCUAUUUUCCUUCUGUUACUUCAGAGUUUAUCACCCUUCUUUGUAUUAUUUCCUUUGUUUUUCUGCAAUAUAAACCACAUGCAAUCAACUAUAUCACUUGGAGCAUAAAAUGCCAUUAAUUUAGGCAAUAAUCCGAGACCUACCGGGCCUUCCCGCGGGUGUGAAGUUUGAUCCUACGGAUCAAGAACUGCUCGAGCAUUUGCAGGGGAAGGCGAAGCCCGAGGCACAAAAACCUCACCCUCUUAUAGACGAAUUCAUCCCCACCCUACAAGGAGAGAACGGCAUCUGCUACACACAUCCGGAGAAGCUCCCAGGUAAUCUCCCACACGAGCAUGAUAACCCUAGUGACAAGUACUGUAACAGUUCACGUAUUUGAGAUGUCUCCCUUCUACCAAGAAAUUUUAUCAUAGUUUUUUUCAUGCAAGUUCGUUCAGGCAGUCGACGAUUCCAAGGAUAGAUGCCAGAAACCGUGGCCAGGGUUGAAUCGUAUAAUCAUCGCUUAUCCCAUCGUCAUAGGUUACAAUUCCUAACAUGCAUGGCCGCUGGAAAUCGGAAAAUAAGGAGAAGAUGAGAAAGAGGGCAUUUCGACGGCAUGAGCGGGCCAGAAACUGCGCCAUCUUACAAGAACAUGCUCGUAUGAAGAAGCUGAGACUCCCCCGAUCCCUGACGAAGAAAACCCCGGUCAUUGAGAAGUUCUUGGCAACACGUAGACGUAGGUUCCCAGGGUUAGAGACCAUGAUCAGAGAUAGCCUUGCAUGCGGACAGAUGUGAUUACAGGGAAGGUAGCUUUUAGGAGGAAUGUAAACAAUGGACGGAGGAAAUGUCUGGUGCGACUUUGUUAGAUAUUAAAAAUUUCAAAAAAAAAUGUAAUUAUUAUAGUAGACGACGAAAUAAUGGGUUCCUUUUUAUCGAGGAGUUUGUAGUUAUCACACAGGACUCACCAUCUUCUAUCGGAUUGUACUCACAUAAGAAGAGUAGAAGAGCCAUGCCGGAUGAUCCUAUUGGACUGCGAAAAACCGAGGAUGGCUAUGAACUCGAUCGGCUCUGUUUUUUCUUCUCCAAUAAAACAGGAGGCCUUCUGUCCUAGCAAUAAUAUACGCCAAGUGUGAAUCCGAAUACAGACUGACUUCGUGUUUUGGAGAUUAUAUUCACUCUCUGACCCGGAUUACAUAAAUGAAGCUUUUAUUCCAUUUAUUGAGCUAAUCUUGGAAGAAUCUUUGGUGGGUGCUGGGGAUCGUUUGUGCCAUCUUCCUGCUCUUCGCCUUGUUUAUCCGUCAGAACAAGAUUUCAUAAGAAAGUAGUGGAUUUAUUUGCGAUAAUUGGAAAGAAGUUCUUGAACUUCAAAUCAUUUCCGCUGUCUUUGGAGAGAGACUGUUCUUUUCUCUGGUGCCCCAAAUGCUUGAGGCUCUGAUCAUCUGAACAGAUAACUGAACUGUUUCUGAACAGGUGUGGGCAAAGACGGCCUCGUCCGGCACUUCUUCCACCGCCCCUCUAAAGCCUACACCACGGGGACCAGGAAACGGAGGAAGGUCCACACGGACGCCUUCGGCAGCGAGACCCGGUGGCACAAGACUGGCAAGACGAAGCCGGUGUUUGCCGGCGGGGGGCUGAAGGGCUUCAAGAAGAUCCUGGUGUUGUACACCAACUACGGCAAGCAACGGAAGCCGGAGAAGACCAACUGGGUAAUGCACCAGUACCAUCUCGGCUCGAGCGUGGAGGAGAAGGAAGGGGAGCUGGUGGUCUCGAAGGUGUUCUACCAGACCCAGCCGAGGCAAUGCGGAUCCACUGCCAAGAACCCAGAUCUCGGUAAUUCCGGCCGCACGGACGGAGCCAACGCUGGCCCCACCGGCGUAGCCGACUUCUACUAUGACUCAUUCCUGUCCUACGGCCACCACGGCGGGCACAUCAGAGCCAGCCCUCCUCACCUGAUCCCGAACUUCUCUGUGCAUGCCCACGGCUCAUCCUUACUUCACUGA